GCGUUUCACAGAACAAUUCAGAAUCACGUAUGUUGCAUUUGCUCGUUGGCGUUGUAUCGGUUCCAAAAUGUACAAUGAAAGGACAUAAGCAGACGUAAUACAAUGAAGUUCUUGAGAAAGAAGAUUGGUCCGCGCGUGGGAUAAGAAACUCCAAGUGACAAAUAUCAUUUGGUACUGGUCCCACUUCGAUUUAGUUUGCAUCGCGACGACAAUGUCAGCACAUGAAAUAUGGGUCCGCAAUAGUGACCCAAGGCAGGUCCUCAUCGUUCAGCCCACUCUCUUCCAUUACCUGCUUCUUCACGUCACGGUCCGCAUCCAGCUCCAUGAAACGAGAGAAAUGGACCACCGUUGACUCUGGAUCUUCUCUCUGCGUUCGAGCCAAUAUGAUGACUGGUUGACAGCUCCCUCGAGGAUAGUCGGUGGGGACGGCCCGCAUAUAAUCUAUGUUUCUCUCUUUGAACCAGAAGUUGAGAUCUCUAGAAAGGAACGCGUCCUGCAAGUGCUGGUGUUGCUGUCCCUGCUUCUCUAACCAUGUGCGCACUUGCUCGAAGCUGAACGCCCAGCCGCCUAUCUUGAACACCAUCCUAACUGAUGGAAGGGGGAAACAUUGGAAGCCUUUGCAUGUACGAACGUACUAUAUAUUAGUAGGCCUUGUCGUCCACUUUAAGGUUGCUUUCACACGAAAGCUUACUAUUCCCACGCUUCCAGCCUCCCCUACUGAAUCAACCCCAGCACGCCCACCGGUAUCACCACCGUCUCCAAAUCCUCAAGAAAACGUCAAGAUGACGAAAGGUACUUCGUCCUUUGGUAAGCGACACACCAAGUCCCACACGCUCUGCCGGCGCUGUGGUGUUCGCGCAUUCCACAGGCAACACAAGACCUGUGCCCAGUGCGGCUACCCCGCAGCAAAGUUGCGCUCGUAUGAGUGGGGCCAAAAAGCCAAGCGCAGAAAGACCACCGGAACCGGGCGCAUGCGCACGCUCAAGCACGUAUCGAGGAGAUUCAAGAACGGAUUCAGAGAAAACACCGUCGCGAAGAAGCGUGUCAGGCCAACCGCGGAGGCAUGAGCGCAAGCGUAAACGAGCAUAUAUGAUUCUAUAUGCCGCGCUUGCAUGUUGUUUUACAUACUUGAGAAUUUUUAGCCUAUGCUUGCUCGCAUCAUUUUCUACGCACGCACAGAAUACAUGUUCAUGCCAUGCCUCCUCGCUGAGAGCGGAUUGAGUCGGGAUGUUGAUGGUCAAUUAAUGUCUCCUUUGUCUGAUACAGAUGACCUUCCUGUACUAUCGUUUCGAGCCUGGUGUUUCAACGCACCCGAACUCGCGUCUAGGCCUACCAUCAGUGUUAUGCAACACGCUUGAACGUAUAAAUCGACUCCCAUUCCCGCACGUUUGCCCCACAUCAUUUUACAAGACAAGUCCGAGCA